GCCGGCAGUAUGGAAGAAACAGAAAUUCAUGCAGCAGUAUCGAGCGUUAGGCGCAGCGGUAGCAUGUCCAACCUUAGCGACAUAUCCGGCAACACCGCAAUCCUGAACUCCGGUGCGAGUUCCCAUGCCGGUGGUCAUGGCCGGCCCCGCAUGGACAUUGCGGUGGUGAUCGACUGCGAGAAGAGCGCGAACCUAAACCACCGGAAGGCUGCCCUGGAGGAGGUACGGCAGGCCUGCGCCCAAGUCGGUGCAAAUCUGCAGCUGCUGCAGUUCGAAGUCCUCGACUACGGUGACCGGAACACGCUCGAAAACUUCUACAAUGCGGACGUGGUCGUGGUGGAUCUCAGCGUCCAAACGCAACGGAGCACGCUCUGCUACCAUCUCGGUGUGCGCGAACACUUCGAGAUGAACGAAAACAUCGUCAUCUACAACGACACGCAGCACGAGGCAACGCUGCGCAUGAAGAUCUCCUGCGGCAACUAUCAGUUUAUCUCGUACCGAUUGCAAGACAACGGUAACGUCAUCAUCACCAGCCCACUGAAGGCGACUGCGGAUGAUCAGGUGGCACAAUCUCAAUUACAGCAAGCGUUGGUUCAGCAACAGCAGCCGCAGCAGCAGUUAAUACAGCAACCGCACCUGACAACGCUGGUUGCGGCCCUGCGCCGCCUGUUUCAGGAUGUGGAGAUCCAGUCGAAGGCACAUCUGCGUGAAAAGUUUCUGGCCGAUUUGCGCAGCCUGCGCGAUCAGCAUGCGGGCAACGUGGAGGAGUUGCAGCGCAUGUUGCGCAACAUGCGCAAACGGCUGGACGAUCCGAACGUGCUGUCGAAGGAGAUCGUCCAGACGUACAUGCUGUCGUUGCGCGACGUGCAGGACUACGACGCGAUGGUACAGCUGGUGGACGAUCUGCAAACGAUACCGAACAAGCAGAACUACAUCAACACCGGCCAUAUGCACUAUCUGUACGCGUUUGCGCUGAACCGGCGCAACCACGAAGGUGACCGGGAGCGGGCAUUGCGCACCUGCACGAAAGCGCUCGAAAAGAAGGAAAACCACUUCCCGGACAUGCUGUGCCUGUACGGGCGCAUCUACAAGGACAUCUUUGUCGAGUCGAACCACACGGACAAGGAAAGCCUGAAGAACGCCAUCAUCUGGUACCGGAAGUCGUUCGAGGUGCAGCCGAACGAGUUCGCGGGCAUCAAUCUCGCGACGCUGCUCGUCAUCGACGGGAAGGAUUUCAGCGACAACGAGCUGCAGCACAUCUGCAUGAAGCUAAACAAUCUGAUCGGCAAGAAGGGUUCGCUGUCGCAGAUUAAGGAUUACUGGAACGUGGCGACGUUUUUCGAAAUUUCCGUACUGGCGGAAAACUACGCGAAAGCGAUCCAGGCGGCUGAGUGUAUGUUUAAGCUGCGGCCACCGAAAUGGUACCUAAAGUCCACGAUCGGCAACAUUAAGCUGAUCGAUCAGGCCCGCAAACGCACCGAGGAUGCAACGGCGUUGAGCAUCGAACAGCAGAUCUUUCAGUUUUGGAUGGAAUUUUUCCUCGAAGCGACACGCAAAGAACCGUCCGGCAAUGUGCGCUUCCCGAUACUGAUACUCGAGCCGCAAAAGAUCUACAUGCCGAGCUACGUUGCGAUACACAUGGAUGCGGAGCAGAAAUCGAUCGACAUUACCAACAUAUGUCAGCAGCACGCGAAGGGUAGCUGCCUCAAGCUGCACGACUUUAACUUUCUCGCGAGCCAAAUCAAAUCGGUCAGCCUGUACAAGCGGGACGAACGGUGCGCGUACCUGUACGUACAUCACAAUUCCGACGACUUUCAGAUAUUUUUCCCUUCAGUGCAGUGCCGGCAGACGUUCUACGAUUUGAUCCUGCAGAUGACGGCAGACCAGGGUUCGGGCUUUAUCGAUCUGUCGUCGGCGGAAACGUCGGCGGACGAACUGAAGUAUGAGUACGAGCUGGACGAUGAAGGGCAGCGCAUACUGCUCGGCAAGGGUACGUAUGGGGCGGUGUAUGCGGCCCGCGAUCUUACCACACAGGUGAAGAUCGCGGUAAAGGAGGUGUACGAGCGGAACACGCACGACGUACAGCCACUGCACGAGGAGAUCAAGCUGCAUUCGCAGCUGCGCCACCGGAACAUCGUUCAGUACUGGGGUUCGAAGUCGGAGAACCAGUACUUCAAGAUCUUCAUGGAGCAGGUACCGGGUGGUUCGUUGUCGGCGCUGCUCAGCUCCAAAUGGGGUCCGCUCAAGGACAACGAGGCAACGAUCGCAUUUUACUCGCGCCAGAUCCUCGAGGGUCUCAAGUACCUGCACGACCAGAAGAUUGUGCACCGCGACAUUAAGGGUGGCAAUGUGCUGGUCAACACGUACAGCGGGGUGGUGAAGAUAUCUGAUUUCGGCACCUCGAAACGGUUGGCGGGUAUCAACCCGGCGACGGAAACCUUCACCGGCACGCUACAGUACAUGGCACCGGAGGUGAUCGAUCAGGGUGUGCGUGGGUACGGUCCGGCCGCCGACAUUUGGUCGUUCGGAUGUACCGUGGUCGAGAUGGCGACCGGGAAACCACCGUUCGUCGAGCUCGGCAGCCCACAGGCGGCCAUGUUUAAGGUGGGCUUCUACAAGACACAUCCCCAGAUACCGGAGGAACUCUCAACGGUGGCGAAAAAUUUCAUUCUCCGAUGCUUCGAGGUGAACGUCGAUACGCGUGCAACGGCAGCAGAGCUGCUGGAGGAUCCUUUCAUAUGCGAAAAACACAAAAAGAUGCGCCCAUCGUUUAGCAGCAGCAGCACGAUCAGUGGUUUGCCGCAUCCUGCCGCCGGUUGUGAAUAUUCCCGCAGCGUCAGCAUGCCUGUCGAUAGGCACAACGGCAAAACGCUCACGUCCCAGCAAAGUUCGGCCAGCUGCAACACACCCACCUUCAGCUCGGAAACAGAACCCUCAUCGAUUUCGCCAAUGAGCACUACGCUCGGCAGUCAUGCGGCCGCUAGUCGGUCAGUGACGGAGCGGAAAGGCAAAAAUUCGUUCCAGCUAACACCGAUAAAGAUGCCCAAGGCUCCCAACACUGUAAACAGCAUCGGGAAUAUAGCGGAAACACCCUCGCUAGAAUUGGACCAAGGCGAGCAUACGUCGACAGUGUUUCAGCUGAAUCGGCGCAGUUCAUCCGGUGGCUUACUUUCACCGGAGAUCGACAUAGCGACGGCCACGGCAAGCAAACUGCCUCUUGCAAGUGAAGCGAACGAAAGCGAUGGGUUCUACAUGCUCAAGAAAGACUCACAGCGACGCCAAACGCUCGACCGGGUGCUCUGGCACGACGCUACAAAGAUCUGUGAAAAGUGGCUAACCAAGAUCGAGCCGGGCGGCAAUCAGGAGCUAGCCAUUACCCAGAACCAUCUGGAAAUGUUGCUGAACGGGCUCCGGAAGUACAUCGCCGAGCAGCGUACCGACACGCUGGAGCAGGCGAUCGCCGCCCUCAAGGAACAGCCGAACUUUAACGAUACCGCCAUCCUGCAUCUGCAUCUCGCACUGUACGCAUUUCAGAACACCGUCAACGAGGUACUCCGCUCGCACAACAUCAAGCCACACUGGAUAUUUGCGCUGGACAAUCUAGUCAACGCUGCAGUGCACGCCAGCAUCUCGAUCCUGUCGCCGAAGCUGGGCGCCAAUCUGGCCGGUAAUGCACCGAACGACGAUGAGUAUGACGAGGAGAGCAAUGGCAUCACCGUACCAGCAGCACGCACGACAGUGCUGGUGAAUGGUCGUCCGCCGAUUCACCAGGGACGGGACGAGCGGGACGGUAUGAUGGGAUCCUCCGGGUACGACUGUGAGUACGAUGUGUACGAUCUACCGGAACCGGACGACGAUACGAUCGACGAGCUGGAGGAACAUCUGACAGCUACAUCCGGCCACGGUACGAUUAGCAGUACCGCACGGUCCAACAAACCCCGGGCCAGAUGUCACGGUGCGGACAGUGGCACACCGGUGCAGAAGAAGACGCGCUGGAAAACGAUCUGCGAACAGGUGGAGGCACUGAAGGCGGAAAAUAUAAGACUGAAGGAGUACCUGCUGGAAUCUCAACAAUCGUACCAGCGCGCGUUCCAGGCGGUGCUGGAGAGUGGUGCGUUUGCCCGGUGUCUCACCGACCAGCUUGUCGCGCUGAUGGAGCGCUGCCUGCACGAAUACAGCACACCGGAUCUCGGCGAUGGGGAGGAAGGUACGAGAAGGCGUUCGGCCCACCACCGGAAUCGGGCGCCAACUAUGCUAAACCACGUACAACACUUGCCGGAAGAGUGUGAGGCGGAGGAUGUAAAACAGGGGGAGCAGGAGGAGGAGGAGGAUGAUGGGACGGUUGGCGAUCGGAGGUUAGCGGAAUGGUUACAGGCGCAGGGGAUUAAGCGGAUUGAAAGCCAGCAACGGAUUUUGCGCGAAGGGUUCCUGUACGAUGACUUCCUGUACGAACUGGAACGCAACGAUCUGCGCAGAAUGGGUUUGAAGAUUGGCGAAGAACUCCGCAUUUGGAACGCUCUGAAGAAGCAUCGCCGGCUGCAUUCAUCAACCAAGCGAACAGCGCACACGGACGACGAUACGGAUGGCGUUGGACAUUGGCAUCACAACAAUUGCGUAAAUGACGAACACACGGUUGGCUUCAAUACGCGAUAA